UAUAGCUCAUUCUGUAUUUGACCUUUUGACGUCACGAGAUCAACUGACUGGGGUCAGGAAAGUUGUAUGGCGUUUACAAAGGGUAAAGGAAUACACAUUCAUUGAUACACAUGUAGUGCAUAGGAAUAGAUAGAAAAUACAGGAGGAGAAAUAAAGAAAGUUAAAAGUUGACCUCAGGCCUGCAUUGAGGUAAAGACGUAAGCCCAACAUUUGUCACGUGCACAGAGAAUGAGCUAUUUUAGUUAUGUGGGCAAAUUAUUUUCAAACGUCAAAGGUUUCUACCAGGAAAUCAAUGCAGCAACACUUACCGGAGCUAUUGAUACUAUUAUAAUCCAACAAGAAGAUGGUUCAUACAAAUCGUCUCCAUUUCACGUGCGCUUCGGCAAGCUUGGAGUCCUACGUUCUCGAGAGAAAGUGGUUGAUAUUGAGAUUAAUGGAGAGCCGGUGGAUAUACAGAUGAAGCUGGGAGAACGGGGAGAGGCAUUCUUCGUCGAGGAACAUGAAGAUCCAGAGCAGGAGCUUUCCCCGCAUCUGGCCACCUCCCCACUACAGUAUGACUCUGAUAUCAUGGAACGAGGGGUUAAAAUGCUGCGCGAGCAGUGUGAAAAUGCUACUGAAGACUUGGAGGUCAGUAAUCAAGAUGUCAAGGUUGAAAACGAGUUGAAGGUCAAGUUUGUAAUGGGGUCAGACACACCAAAAGACCACAGUAGUGAGGAUAUGCCUAAUUCUAGACAACAUUUAGAUUCUGCAAAGAGUGAAUCAACUGUUAAAAGUGAACAUUCCAGAGACGCUGAUUUAGACAUUAAGGAAGUAAAAGAAGAAAAUGAACACAACAAAAGUAAACGAAAAAGACGGAAAAGAAAGAAAAAUAAACAUAAAGUAGACAGUGCAAACAAUAAUCAUGUAACACCCGGUGAAAAUGAAGAAGAAAUUUUUGAAUUGGAAGAUGUUUCCACUGAUGACGAACUACGUAUAUUGACUAAAAACAUGACAUGUGGGUCAAUGUCUAAAUCAAUCAGUUUACCAGCUGUGGAAGAGAGCAAGUUUGAUAGAACAAACGAGUGGGCAAGUGCUCAUGAAGUGUUUGGUUAUCUGAAUUCACAUCCUUUUAGCGACACAGAUCUGUCUCCGUUAGCAAGUCCCAAUAGUAGCCGCCCACAUUCCCCGAAAAGUGACACAGAGGUAGACCGUCAGAAAUCUCUGGAACAAAACCGGUUACUAGAGUCUGAGGAGGAUGAUACGAUGUGGGAGUGGGGGGCUAUGCCACGCCGAUCUGUUACUGAGGACAACAUCAAGACAUUGGUACAUCAAACAAGUGAUCCAGAUGACAAGAACAAAGGAUCUGGUGGGCUGUUCCAGUUUAUGAGAAAGACGAAGAAUUUUCGACAUAAACCAGAGGAAGAGGGAAUCUAUCUUGAUGAUCUUAAUAUAAAAGACAUGGAUGAAGAGACGGCUAAACUAUACUUUCCUAAAAGGUUUUCCAACACACAUUUCAAGGCAAUAGAGAAAGAUGAAGACGUAGAGUCAGGUCGUGGAGCGUCACUACCACAGUCUCCUCACUCUGUAGAGGGCGCUAUUGGUGGACCUAAUGUCCUCGUAUCAGAAAUCAAAUCCCUCGGCACAUAUUCUCUAUCCCUGUGUGGCGGAUUGUCUGAAGCCGAGGGUGUAACUCUCGGGAAGUUUAUGUCGAUGAUUGUAACAUUCGAUGACUUGUCAGCGAACCCUGCUAUGUUGUCAAAUCCAGAUCUGGUAGUGAAGAUAGAGGAUAAUUAUUACAACUGGCAGACAGCAGCUCCUAUUAUACUAUCACAAGUGGCUUUCCAGAAAGACCUAUCUGAGGAAGUUGUAAAAAGUCUAGUAUCUCAGCACAUGCCUAAAAAGAAGGAAAAGAAGGGAAGUUACUCUUGGUUCUCAUGGCGGCGGGCUGCCACAGAUCCCACAACUUCAGUACAGUCCCCUGUCCAUGUUACCUUGACCACAUCUGAGUCAGAAAUCACCGGACCUAAAUCUGAGGGUGAUUCUGCGGUGAAUGUAACAAGUGUGGAAAGUGUUCCGUCUUGUCAAUCUAGUAUCACAGAGAGCCCGAAGAAAGUGAAACAAGUUGAUAGAUUAACAGUAGAGAGAGAUCAUUCGUCUUCAGAAGGGGAUACUGAAGGCUCUGAUAGAACUGAACCUUUGAAAAUGAAACGGCAGUUACAUAAAACUAGAAAAGUCUUUAAAAAAUCACUGAGAUUAUCCUCUGACCAAAUGAAACAGUUGAACCUUAGACCUGGACAGAAUGAGGUCACAUACUCUGUGACGACACAGUAUCAGGGCACUAAAAGAUGUCACUCGCACAUUUACCUGUGGAAAUACAAUGAUAAAAUUAUUGUUUCAGAUAUAGACGGAACUAUUACUAAAUCUGAUGUACUCGGUCAAAUAUUGCCAGUUGUUGGGAGAGACUGGUCUCAGUCGGGCGUGGCUCAACUCUACAGCAGUAUUGCCGGUAAUGGAUACAAGUUUCUCUACCUCUCUGCCAGGGCUAUUGGCCAAUCAAAACUCACCAAAGAUUUACUGCAGAAUAUAAAACAAGGGGAGAUGACUCUACCAGAAGGUCCCCUUCUUCUAUCACCCACCUCACUUAUCAGUGCUUUCCAUAAAGAAGUGAUAGAGCGUAAACCAGAAGAGUUCAAGAUAAGUUGUCUAUCUGAUGUUGCCUCGCUAUUCCCCGAGAAGUAUAAUCCCUUCUACGCCGGAUUUGGCAAUAAAGUCAACGAUGUGUAUGCGUACAAGGCAAUCCACAUUCCUAUUUCCCGAAUCUUCACUAUCAACCCAUACGGUGAAAUCAAGCAUGAAUUAUCAUACACCUUUCAAACCUCAUAUACCAAACUUACAGAUGUUGCGGACCAUUUCUUCCCUCCCCUCCACAAAAUACCUUGUAGCAGAGCCAGUGAGUUUAGUCACGUUCAGUACUGGCGGGAACCUCUACCGGAAGUCUCGCCAUUUGAAGUCGAUGAUGUUUUAUCUGGUAAAACAGCGAAACAGCAGGAACAAGAAAACAGCUGACGGUUUUCGCACAUGAACGCUCGACAGCAACUCAAGGGUAGACCAAGAACUCGCCAUUACAGUACACCACCAGAAUAUGAAAUCUUGUCUUCCAGCUGGUCAUCAUCGUCGAAGUCUCGUACGAACGUUCUUCCUAGUCACAACAGCAUUGACAUUAACGUUGACUUGGAGUCGGACGGAGAUAACUUUGACGAUAUCGGAAUGGAAAGCAAUCUUUCAGCAAAUAACUCCAGAAAAACAAAAUCCAUAUGGUUCCGACCAUUUAUGGUGAACAAUAUGUUUAUGUAAGUUAUUGUUUUUAGGGAAAGGAAAGAAAAGUCAAACGAGAUAGUAUUUAAUGAAAAUAUUGGAAUACAUAAUGAUAAAUUUGAGCUAUUUAACAUAAAAUUUUUACUGAUUUGAUUAUUUUUCAUUAAUUAAAUUAUUCCCUUCUUUUCAAGUUAAAAGGUUGUGAUCAAUGCCUUUAUUUUGUAUUAACUUGUAUUAAUGUAAUAAUUUCAGCUUCUUUUCUAGUCUUUAGAUUAUCAAAAGAUAAGUUAUUUGCGAUAUAGAUAUUGUGUACAAAUGUUAAAUCCCUGAGUUGUUUUAUUUUUAUUUGCAAAAUGAGUUGAGUGUUCAUGUUAGUUA